UUUUUAUAACUCGAUUUGGAUAUAAAUCAAGGUUUAUUGGUUCAAGUUUGGUUCAGAUCUCGGUUUAGGUACAAACAUUCAUUCUUAGUAAGGACAUUAGGAAAGAGUUUAAUUCUCUUUGAUCAAGAAAAAAGAAAAAAAAGAAAGAGUUUAAUUCUCUUCAUCACCAAGACACGAACUAUAACUAGAGAAGAAGAAGAAGAAGACUUUGAAGACACUCUGCCUCCUUCUCCCAAACUCUCUCAAAAUGGGUUGCGGUGGAACUCUGUUCUACCCACUUCUCAUUACCCUCUCCGUCGCUCUGAUCACAUACAACAUCCUCAUCUCCUCCAACGCUCCUCUCAAACAAGGCUUCCCCUCUUCCUCCUCCUACGAGGACCCGGUCAUCCAAUUGCCACGCGGCGGAUCCAGAAUCCGCGGCAACAACGACAAGAAGAUUAGGCUCUUCCACACGGCCGUUACAGCCUCUGACUCCGUCUACAACACGUGGCAAUGCAGAGUCAUGUACUACUGGUUCAAAAAGGCCAAAGCUUCCGCUGGACCCGGAUCCGAAAUGGGCGGGUUUACCCGGAUCUUGCAUAACGGUAAACCCGAUAAGUAUAUGGAUGAGAUUCCCACUUUCGUUGCUCAGCCUCUACCUUCUGGGAUGGAUCAGGGUUAUGUAGUUUUAAACAGACCAUGGGCGUUUGUACAGUGGCUUCAACAAACAGACAUUAAAGAAGAUUAUGUUCUGAUGUCUGAGCCUGAUCAUGUCAUUGUGAAACCUAUACCGAACCUAGCUAAAGAAGGGUUCGGAGCUGCGUUUCCUUUCUUUUACAUCGAACCGAAGAAGUAUGAGAAGGUGUUGAGGAAGUAUUAUCCUGAAGAGAGAGGACCUGUGACUAACAUUGAUCCUAUAGGAAACUCUCCUGUCAUUGUCGGAAAGGAGGCUUUGAAGAAGAUUGCUCCUACUUGGAUGAAUGUUUCUUUGGCUAUGAAGAAGGAUCCUGAAGCUGAUAAGGCUUUUGGAUGGGUUCUUGAAAUGUAUGCUUAUGCGGUUUCAUCUGCGUUGCAUGGUGUUAGAAAUGUUCUACACAAAGACUUCAUGAUUCAGCCUCCAUGGGAUAAAGAGGUUGGUGACAAGUACAUCAUACACUACACUUAUGGAUGUGACUAUGAUAUGAAGGGACACUUAACCUAUGGGAAGAAAGGGGAAUGGAGAUUUGACAAAAGAUCGUAUAUUAAGUCACCGCCACCAAAGAACCUUACAAUGCCACCACCUGGUGUUCCACAGAGUGUGGUAACAUUAGUGAAGAUGGUGAACGAAGCCACGGCAAACCUUCCAGACUGGGGAUCAUAGAGAGAGAUAUAAACAGUUUAACUUUUUUUUGGUCUUAAUCUUAUCUAUAUACGUUGUCGGUGUAGUUUGUAAAAUAUAUAGCUUUUCAAACAAACCGUUGUAUGGCAUUUUACAUUCUAAUUCUCUAACUACUAGGUUUGAAUGUCA